AUGUCCAACUCCGCUUCUGACGAUGUUGCUGCCAAGGCAGAGGGCAUCAUUUCGCACAUGAACAAUGACCACCAGGACUCGCUGGCCUACCUCGCAACACACUAUGGCGACCUCGCCAAGCCGCUCAAGCCCAACCAGGUGCUCAUGACGGCCAUCGACAAGACGCACUUCGAGAUCGUCUACAACACCAAUGCUGGUGCCACACCCGCGAAAGGCAAAGCCGGCUCUCGAACCGUGAGCAUCCCCUUCUACCCGCACCUUGCAGGAUACUCCGAGGUGCGACAGCGUCUGGUCGAGCUCUCGGACAUCUCGGAGAAGGUCAUCACCACCCGCAAACCCGUCAUCGUCUACCGCACGCCCAAACUCGCGCUGCAGGGGCUGGUACUGCUCACUGUGGCUUACCUCGCUCUGCGCUCCGAUUCGCUCGCGACACUCGGGCUGGUUCAGUCGUUUGUGCCCGAGAAGAGGGUGGUGCAGUGGAACAAUCUGCGAAACAACACACUGGGUGGGCCGGCCAAGAUGGACAAGUUUGUCAUGAGCAUCGUGCGCACCCAUCUGCUCGAGGGGGCGCUCAUGGCGCUCGUGUGCUACUGGAAGGGUGCAAGUCGUCUUGUAGCCAUCAGGUGGAUCUUGACUACGGCGGCGCUGGGCAUUCCGUCUUGGAUCGCGUUCUUUUCGCUCAACUCGCACAGCAAGGCGCUCAAGAGGGCCAUCUACAUUGAUGCUGACAAGAAGAACAAGUGA